AUGAUGCGUCAUUUUGUUGCAUUUUCACUACUGCUAUUCGUUUUGGAAAUCUCAGUCGAGGCGAAUCUGUUGGUGCCGAACCGUGACCUUUGCGUCGUUUUUAUCGGUGAUUCUGGGUGCAGAGCACGUUGCUUGAAACGAUUAAAUUGCCAAAACGGACACUGCAAAAAAGUACCAUUCAUGGGAAAAUUUUUCCGCAAAGGAUGCGUCUGUGAGGAUUGUCUCGGUGGUCAACGGACGAAGGAACUGCAUUGA